UGCGGCACUAACGAGGGUUAUACUCGAUGCAGAUGCUGUGCCUAAGUCAGAUGCCGAGAAGCAGAUUUACGAUCAAGUGGAGGGGCUUUUGCAAGAGAGGGAAUUGAUCAAACAAUUGAUGGACAACUAUGAAGGGGCAGCUGAAUAUAUUCGACAGGCGAUAGAAGACCCGGCGUUCGAGGCACAGGCUUGGGAGAAAAUCAUCCCGCUCUGUCAUAAGCUCCAUGACGUAUACGCCUUCUCCUUAAAGGUCGCUGAGGCGUGGCCGUUGCUGAUUCAAUAUUUAAUAUCGCUUGAUGAAGCGGACAUGGAGGUUGUACUCGAUGAGAACCAAGCACUAGCGAAACAACUGGGUCGUAUCAUGGACUUUGUGCUUUCGGUCGAUGAAAUCAAAAUGAACAACCCGUCGUUUCAGAACGAUCUGAGCUACUACCGCCGCACAGUGAACAAAAACAAAGGCAAUAUGUGUGAAUUGGCCCUAAAGGACGAUGUGGCAAACAAGAUGUCGCUCUUCUAUGCGUCUCCGACGCCAUUUCUCCAGACGAUCCAGAACGCCACCGCGAAUCUGGGCAAAACCAAGCCAAUGAACCGCAUCACCGACUGCUUUGGGAUCAUCUCGUCUGUGUGCUUGAGCAUGAUUGAAUCACCAGAAAAAAUCGAACGGCUAGAAAAGGAGCAAGGCAUCUUACUGUGUUUACGGGUAAUGGUGGGAUCCAUCAUCGUCUACGACCAUUCGCACGAUCUGGGAGCUUUCGGUCGCAAAUCCGACAUUGACAUCAAGUCCAGUGUACUAUGCCUACAAAAAUACAGUGAAAUGACCGGCAAUCUCGUGAACGCGCUCAAGUUCUCUACAAAACAUUUGAGCGACGAGACUACACCUAAAGCAGUCCGCUCACUUCUUGGAUGCUCAUAGAUACGACGCACUACUUAGAAAAAUAUGGCAUCGAUCGUCUUCGACUUCGAACUGGAAACAGUGUCACAAACUUGGAAAAGUGUUGUUGUACACACGACCUGAUGAACUUGCGUGAAGCAUAAUUAUGCGUGGCUCCAUUUACACCGCGGUGCUUCGAGUAGCGGCGGUGUGCACAGUUCUAAUAUGAAGCAGCUUCGAAGAGUCAUUAGCAAUUGAUACUCAGUUUGGUAUGACAAGAAAGUCUCGUCCUCUGAAGAACUUGUCGUAGACAAAGCGAUUUGAAAUCUAAUAUGUAUUUUGAAACAGAUAGAAUAGAUACUACUACAUACGAUCAUAAAAAGUCAG